UCUGAUGUUAGCUGCCACCCCCAGAGUGGGUUUAGAAGGACUCGUAAUAUUUUGUUAACAUUAUACAUAACUUAGGAUUAAGUACACAACAUUUUCUUUCUUGCACAGGUAGAAUUGCAUUACUGUGUUGUUAGUAAAUAAUUUUCAAUAGACAAGUGUGUCUCAUAUUCUGCCAGGAUUUAUGCUCUUUUCUUAAUUGGCUAUUACAUUAUUUUUAGUAGAGACAGGUGAAAUUUGGACAGAAAAGUCAAGUCAACAGAGAAAAAUUUAUUUGGGAAUCUUAGCAAGAAUUUGAGCAUUAAGAGUAUGUCUAGCAGAUUUCUAAUAGUACAAUGUGAAGGCAUUCCCAUAACACAGCUGUCCUAAAAGCCUAUGGUUCCAUAAGCAUGCAGGACACUGCUUGCCAAGACCAGUUCUGUACCUUUAAAGCAAAGGAGAACAGCCAGUGAUUCUGUACCAAAACCUUCCUCCUUUUGCCAUUCACAGUCUAUGAGGAGGCUAGAAUGUUGGUACAUUCCUUGGAGUGGUACAAACUGACAGUGUUGUUUCAUUUAGGAGUGAGAAUUGUCAUCACAUUGUCAAUCAACUUGAAUGCAGACCUUUAUGGUUGUAUAUUUUUCACAUCAGAUGCAUAUCAUAGGUUCCAAAUUGUUCUCCUUCCUAGUCCAGAUAACCACCACAAACUAUACUACAGGAUGCUGCAGAAAGAUUCCUGUGUUCUGGUUUAUCACUCACUUGUGAGGCUUUGCACUCACCUGCGUGGGGAACAUAACAUUUUUGGCAGCAAUCAAAACUAAGGAAGUUUCUGCAUACAAACUGUGCUUAAUAUUAACUUGCUAUCAAUUACUUUGAACAUUCAAGAUGUAAACUUUUCUAGCUCUUCCUCUUUACCUUUGCUGUUUAUCUCUUCAGCAUGGGCAGUGAGUUUUGUGUGUAAUUAUAAACUUCUUUGUCCUGCUAUUAAUUCAUGUUUCAUUUGGGUUUGUCCUCUUUUCUGCUUCUAUCUACUUCCAUACUUGGUGAUCAUCCACAUGCUUCAACUUUGAAAUAAGUUCCACAUUUACUAACUACUUUGGGGUUGUAAAAAGCUACCCAAAGAUAUCAUUUCUAGGCAACAGUAGCCUCUGAAAAUAUUUCUUAGUAAUAAGUAUCAGUUAGUUUGGGACAGUUGUUAGAACAGGUCUUGUCUGGUUUUCCAGAAUGUGUCACAACAGAGAACUAGAUCCUAUCUCUUCUAUUCCCACAAAACUGCUCAAGUAACAUCAAAUUCUGUAGCUGCCAACUGAGGUAUUCUUAAGCUAGGGCUCUUUAUUGUUACCUCAGGAGGUAACAAUAAUAAUCCAGAGGGUCCUGAAGGCAAGUCAAGACUAUGAGGCAGCUUAAGUGCUCCCUAUUCCAGAGAUGCCUCUCCCUGGUUUCUGUGGAGCAGGCUUCUCUCUAUGGUUUCCUGCCAAAGCUCCAUAGCUCUUGUUGAGCACAGGUGAUGCUUCAGAGCAUUUACAUCCAUAUUACAAAAGUAUCCUGCUGGUAUUAUUAUGUUAGUUUUUACUAAAUUAGUUCAUGAGGGAAGGAAAUUGAUAGAAGCCCUCUUUUUAACAUAGGAUACUUCUCCAACAAUCAGGUUAAAAAAAAAAAAUCAAAACUACCUUCCCUGAGACUCUUAAACAGACAUCUUUUUUCUGGAUUCUGCUGUAUUCAGAAAUGGCAAUACCAUGAAGAAGACAUAUUGUUCCUGGCUACCUAUUCAUCAGUCCUGAAGGUGUUCUAGAGUUUACCACGCUUUCUGAUACCAGUUUCCCGAUUCCUUUGGAGAUUUUUACCACAUAUCACUCCUUGUUGCUAGAACAAUUGUACGAAACUUCUCUGGCCUAAUGGCAGUAAGAUAAAUAAGCAAUAAAAGUCGUGAGCAAGUUUUGCUCUCUGUAACUUGGCCUAAUCCAUCUAUAUCUUUAGAUAUAGAUAUAUAGUACAGCUUAUAGCCAUGGGAAAGUAAAAAUGGUGAAAUCUCCUCAGCAGUAUUGUUGACCUUAAAAGCAUAGGUUAGGGACCCUUGCUUUAGAGGAAGGAUGAGGGAAAGAGACUGAGUAUUUCUGUAACAGCCUAGCUCUGUUUAGCAGGCUGUAUUGUAGCAGUCUAUACUGUUUACUUUGGUCCAGAAGACUCUGUAACAAAGGUUUGUCUAACUAUAAUAUAAAGCUGUUUGCCUCAAGAAAACUCAAGCAGAAGGUAAGUAAACUAACCUCCCUAUUCUGCAACAUUAUUGUAGACUUUUGAAAUUUUUUUUCUCCACUACAUUAAUAAUUAAAGUGUGUAGUAGUCCAGAUAACUUAGAGGUGUACAUCUAAUUAUUUUGGAUAGUUGUAACAAUGAGAUCAAAAUAUUUUUGCUCAAGUUUAAUUUUGAGGAUUUAUAGUAAUAAAAAUGCAUUUUCAGUAUUUACUGAAGCAAUGGAUAUCUACUGAUGCUGUGUACGUAUGACUCACCAGUCUCUCGUUCUUAGAAAAGGACGUUUCUUUUACCAGAAGGAUACUUCAAUCAAUAUUGUGUAACGGUACUCAAAGCAUCCUCUUGUGUACUGUGCUGUCACUAUUUCAAAAGCAUUGUUGAUUGCCUAUGUCCAGUUUGAACUGAAUAUACCUUUCACAAAUGUUGACAUCAUUUUGAACUAAUAGGGUUAAUUUAAAAAAAAAGUUCAUUCUGAAUUCUCAAAUUCAUUCAUUCUGAGCAGCAGCUCAUGCCUUAAUAAAAGUAUGCAAUGUAUUAAAGAUGUUUCUUAAACAUUUACUCAGAAGUACUAAGAAAAAGUAGAAGUAUUAACAUUUUAAUAAUUAGAAAUUACCUUGGUUGUUGUACUUAGAAAGAAGUAUUUAAUAACACCUGAAGUGUACUUCUGAAAAUUCUAUUCUCAAAAUAAGAGUAAUGGUUUGGGAAAAAUGUAUUAUUAUUAUUAAUUGUAUGAUUUAAUAACCUGUGACAGGCUCACUAACAGAGCACCAUGAGUAACAUAACUUCAGCAGAUCAAAUGCAGUUGCCUUCAUGAAUGUAAUGACUCAGAUCUGUCUUCAUGUUUGACAUUUAUGCCCUAAGCCAGAACCUGAUGGCUUCAUGUUUCAGGUGUCUUUCCUGCUGUUCUGAUUCAUAUAGUAGUGAUUUCAGACACCCAUGGUCACUGAAAUUGUACCCUGUAAUCCAGAUGAUGGCACAGACAUUUUUCUUUUCCAGUUUUCUCAUAUCCUAAUUCUCUGUCAUGCUUAUCUAUUUCAAUUCCCAUGUUUUUCUUAUUUUUGAAGUCCCAAGCACUGACCUCACUUUCCAGACAACUUCCGUCGUCUUGGUCACACAUUGAUCAAAAGAUUCUCCAGGUUGACUGUAGUGACUUGUUCUCAAGGACUGUUGGGUUUUCACCUUCAGGCAUGUGCAGCUUAACUUCUCCAUCAGUUCCAGACAGUUUUCUUUGUGACUUAGAAGAACUCAAUUCUUUGGCAUUAGCAACCUCCCAGACUGUAGCAAUCUCCCCAGGUAAAAGCAUUCACCAUGUUAAGGAUGGUCACUCUAUGCCAAAUACAGAGGUGUUUCUCAGCUCUCCUACAGAUCUCCCUCUGUCUUCUCUUGUAUCUCCCUCUGUCUCAUCUUCAGCCAGCUCAUCUCAUGGCAUAACACAUAAGCAUGUCAGCAACAAUGCCAAGUCAGGAAAAGAUAAAGACUUAGAAAGCAUAAUUGAUCAUUUAGUUAUUGAAGUACCUAGAGAUUUGUCAGAUGCUACAAGAGAAGGUGGACACGGUGCUAUGCAUAACAUCCCUUCGCCAUACAAAGAAGGUUCCUUGUCCAGUGGGCUAGCUGCAAGUGCCGAAAACGAAGAGGAAAUCUGUACUGCAGACCUGUCACUUAAUAAAGAGGAUCAGUCAGAAUCUCAAGAAUCAGAUUUCUCUGGAGAAGCACAAGACACAACAGAAGAACUGACUAGACUGUAUAUAGAGGAGGAUCUGGUACAUGACAAUUUAGAAUUCCCAAUAGCAAGUGGAGAAGAUUCUAUGGAUUGUUAUGAAGGAUAUACUUCACCAGAUAUUUUUAAGGUAUUUUAAUUUCUGACAACCCUGACUUCUGUGUUCAGAUAACUUAGUAUAUUAUUCUCUGCCUUGUAUCUACCAUUUGUAUUGUGCACAGGCACACUUUUCUGUAAUUGCAUUUGAUAAAACUGAGCUCUGAGCAAGAUGGUUUAAGAAGAAAGGUGUCCCUGCCCAUGGCAGGGAGGUUGGAACUCGGUGAUCUUUAAGGUCCCUUCCCACCCAAACCAUUCUAUGAUUCUAUGAUUAAACACUGUCAGCGUUAGGGGGCAGUCCCUUCUCAGAAGCAGGCAUAUGCACUAUUGUAAAUUCUAUGAUGUAUCAAUUGUGCUAGUCCUUUCCUGCUGUUUGCUGAGGAGUUUCUGAUGUGAAAAGCCAGUGAACCAUUUCCCUGCCCAGCCCAUUGCAUGCUGCCCUUUUUGAGAGAGGCCCCAGCAAGCAAAUGCUGUCAGCAGCCUGCAGAGGGAGGGACGUGUGCCUGCUGCAGAGACUCUGCGGUUUGUGCUUGGCAUGUGUCAGCUCACAGCUGAUGUAUUUAUAGCAGCCCUGUUACAAGGAUCUGACUAACAGUAACAGAUCAGAUUAUGUUUGGCAGUUACACAAAUGCCUC